AUGACAAAGUCAGAGUUUGCGAGAGAAUGCAAAGUUUGUUCCAGACCAUUUACAGUAUUUAGGUGGAAGCCAGGCUCCUCGGGUAGAUACAAGAAAACUGAAGUGUGCUGCACUUGCGCAAAAAUUAAGAAUGUUUGCCAGACUUGUCUAUUUGAUUUAGACUUUGGACUACCGGUAGAGCUAAGAGAUAAAUUUAUUGAAUAAAAGGAGUUGGUGGCCAUGCCUAAAGACUAAACAAAUAGAGAUUUCUGGGCUAAUACAAUGAAUUAGAACAUCGAGAAACUUGAGCUGCCUUACAAGAAUCCUGAAGUCUAGGAAGCAUUGUCACAUGUUGCUAAAAAUCAUUUGCCAAGCUACAAAAGAAAUCAAGCUCAUGUUUGUACAUUCUAUGUGAGAGGAGAGUGCAAUAGAGGAGUGGCCUGUCCUUAUAGACAUACAAAUAUAACUGAUGAAGAUCUAGAGGGAAUGAAGAAAGGUAAUGGAUCUAUAGAUUAAAAGAUAAGAGAUCGUUUCCACGGAGUAAAUGACCCAAUUGCUAAAAAGAUAUUGGAUAAGGUUAAGGAAGCUAAUCUUCCAAAGCCUCCAGAUGAUUUAAACAUCACAACACUAUUCAUAGGAGGGGUAACGGAUGAAACAGUAGAUGACAGUACUUUGAGAAAGUUGCUUGAGCCUUUUGGGAAAAUUAAAGGCAUUAAAAUGAUUCAUAGACAAGGUUGCGCUUUUGUAAGUUUCCACAUGAGAAAUUCAGCAGAAAGAGCCAUUGAAGCAAUAUUCGAUAGGUUCUUCAUUAAUAAUAAAAGACUCAAAGUCUUAUGGGCAAAGGCAUAGUUAGAAGCUGGAGGAGAUAAAUCUAAACAUCAGCACAAGGGUGGAAAAUAGAAUCCUCACCAUAAAGAAUAAAAGAAAGCAAAUGAUGAUGAACUUCAAAUUGAAAUCGAAGAAGAGACAAAAGAUGAUGGAGAAGUUAUCCAGCAAUAAACAUUCUAAGACUAAGAAUACAUAACAGAGUAAUAAGCUUAGAAAUAUUAGACUGAGCAAAUUAAAAAGGUUGGAAUCACUUAAAACGAAUAAUUGAGGAAACUAAUGUUUAACUAUGAUGAAGAGGAGGAGGAUAAUACUAAUUAGAAUGAUAGAAUUACUGCAGGCAAUAUGAUCUCUCAAUAAUAAUGA